AUGGCGAUCAACCAGGCGAGGACGGCGGUCAUCCACUCGCCCUUGGUCGCCGCGCUGCCGAAGGCAAACACAAAGCUGCGGAGAGGCGUGCUCACCACCACCAGUGUCGGCAGGGAGAUCGAGUACGUGCACCUUCCACAGUUCAACGACCUCCUGGAUGUCGACUGCGGAGAAGAAGGUGGAGAAGUGAAUUCGGUCGAUUGUGUGACGGGCAGCGGCGCUGAAGGCGACGACGAUGGCAAUGACGAUGAGGCGGCGGAGGCGGCGAGCAUCCUGUUUGUGUAUAGCUUGGCGAAGACCACCAGCGUCUCCUUCCCCUUCCUUGUCAUCGAGCCCACGCGAGAUGCGCCCGAUCAGUGGUACGCUGUGGGGUUGGAGCACAACUCGGGGAGGCGGUGCUUGGCGGGCUGGUGA